ACAAGCCCUGACGAAAAUUUCACUUCGCUAUCAAAAUUAAACAACCAUAUUGCCUCUUUCACAGCAAAUCUAGAAAAUGGUGAUUUAUUAAAUUCCACUCAAGGUAUCACACAACAUCAAGCGACUGCUGCUUAUAAAUUAUUACAAAACGUAAGUUUACUUUUAGAAAAACAACAAGAACCAAAUUGUUCAAAAAACAAUUCUUUCAAUGGAACUG